UCAGCCACUUCUGUGAGUCACACUUGGGCCAUUUAUAGGCUGAAAAGUCUUGGUCACUUUAUCACCCCCACCCUUCUCAUUUCCUGAAUCUUGCAGAAUUGGUGGAGUCUCACAGAACAACUUCAGGUUUCCCACCAGUCAGAGGAGAAAGAGGUACUUCCACAGGCCCCAUUAGGCCAGCUGCCUUCGCCUCCCAUCUCAGAAUCGUCCCUGGACUUGGGGCUGAAUUUCAGGGAUACGAGAGGGCUCUCCAUGGAUCUGCCUUAUUACCACGGUCCUCUGUCCAAGCGAGACUGUGAGACCUUGCUGCUCAAGGAAGGGGUGGAUGGCAACUUUCUAUUAAGAGACAGCGAGUCUGUGCCGGGAGUCCUGUGCCUCUGCGUCUCGUUUAAAAGUUUUGUCUACACAUACCGAAUCUUCAAAGAGAAAUAUGGGUACAUUAUACAGACUGUGGAAGGCGCCCGAAAACAGAUCUUUCCAAACCUGAGGGAAUUGAUCUCCAAAUUUGAAAAACCAAAUCAAGGGCUGGUGGUUCACCUUUCAAAGCCAAUAAAGAGAACCAGCCCCAGACCGAGAUGGAGAAGAUCGAUGAUAAAGUUGGAUGAUAGUUUUGGGAACAGUAACAGUGAUUAUGUGGAUGUCUUGCCUUGAAGCUAAGAAUUCCGGACAAAGCAAUUAGAGAAGAGACAGGGUGACAGCUCUCACUGGUGACCCUGCUUCUCCUGCAGAUGUAGAUCUGGAAGGCUGACCUUUAGAGGACAAUUCAGACUCUCCUGGUCUGGGUGACUGAAGAGGUUCUGUCCACCAGCUUCAGAGAAAUCACUCCCCGUGUCCCUGCGUCUCAUGCAUACACCACGAGCAGCUUCAAAACCUCUUUUCCCCUCUUACUCUUCUUUCUUGGGAUAGGACAGUCUGAACCUAUUUCCUUGACUUGUUAAAGGUACUAUCACUACAUCGUCGUUGACAUCCUCCCUCCAAUCAGGCAACCAGAGGGGCUGCUUGAUACAGAAGAGAACGCACUUGGCCGCGAGUUAGGAGCCUGAGUUCCAGUCCUGUGGCUAUCUGACUUUGGACAAACCUCUUCCUCUCUCUAGGUCUCCAUUUCUUCAUCUACAAAACAAGUGUCUGGGUGGGGCGAUACACACUGCCCCAACCUCUCUGCUGAGCCUGGUUGUGCCCAGUGGAGGUGGUAAGUCCUGGAGUGAUGGAGAUGUAUAUAACAUCAGUAAGGGAUCGGGGCCCAGCCUCCCCAAACAGCUGACACACUCUCUGCACCUGCCUGGUCUGUACUGGUCUUGGUCAUGUGGUGGCCCAGAUCCACUUGAGUGCCUUUCUCCCUCCAGCCUGGGCUACUCACCUUCUAACUCUUCUCCUUCUUUGUAAUCUCGAUUUUCCUGCCAAACAUUUCCCUGAACCCACUUUCUCCCUGAUUUUGCCUGAUUUCGUUUGUGCACCAACCACUUCAGCAGCAUGGAUGUGGUUCUGUACAGUGAUGUGUGUGGGAUUUUUAAGAUAUUCUCCUAUGUGUGCUUCUUGUUCCCAACUAAGUGUUAAGUGCUACCAAAGCACGGUUGAGUCUCCUUUGUAUCCUGCACAGUGUGUAGAAAUGUGUGCUGCACAGAGCUAUGCCCAGUUCAUAGAAGCUACUGACUGGAAGCACAUUCCUGAAGGGUUUGUGGAAUUGAUUCUAAGGCCCUUUGAAUUUUUCUCCUAGUUCAAAAUUUUAAUAAAGACCUGGUUAGUGUGGAAUGUACCAAAUUUGAUGCCCAUUCUCUCGCACAUCUUCAAACUAUAGUUAUUCAUUUCACCCCACUGGCCUUAUCUUUCAAAGUUAUUAAAGAGAGGAGCUCUAGACUACCAAACAACACAAACGGACAUUGUGGCUGGAAUCCCGAAGUGUGAGUUUGUGGGUCACAGCAAUACGUAACUACUGCUAAGUAGAGAAGAAAUGAAAUGCAGCCGUAUUCAGAGAGCUGGGGCAGCCAAAUCCUAAUCCUGCUAGUUGGUUUAGUAAAGGACACCAGAAGCGGGCCUGCUCCCCAGGUUUUGAUCUUAGGUCUUUGAUUCUCUAUGGAACAAAAAAGAAUGUCCCAGUUUCCAGAGCCUACAGCAAUCCUUGGCACAGAAUACAUGUUCAGUGAGUAUUUUUUGAAUUCAUGGCUGAAUGAAUCAAUAUAUAAAAUAUGAUCAUUCAUUCCAGAUGGUGGAGAUUUAUACAUUUCAAAAUCUGCUAGAACAAGACUAUUAGUUCAAGCUCUUUCAAUUAUAACUCUUGUAGAAGUGAUUUCCUUUUUUCUGAGCACCCAGGCAUAGCACCUUGCACGAUGCUUGGUCCCCAGAUGGAUUUCAGUACAUUUCUCAAAGGAGCAAGCCACAUUUAAUAGCUGAUGUUGAUGUCAAGCUAUAAAUCCCUGAAAUUUUUUAGAAGACCUUGAACAGGUCACGUGAAGAACAGCUGAAAGAGCUGAGUACAUGGGACCGGAAGAGGGAAGACAAUAAAUUAGAACAGCUAUUUCCAGGGUUUGAAAUGUUGUUCUGUAAAAGAGGGUGAAGACCAACCAGGUACAAUGCCUGACAGCAGAACUCAGACCAACGGUUGGUGUCUACAGGAGGGCAGUUUUAGCCCAAUACAAGAAAGAAUUCUGAACCCACUAGAGCUAUCCUACACCCUAACAGUCUGCCCUCUGUUGUAGUUCGAGUGGAGGGUAGUACUUUCCAAGAAUGUGGGAGAAAUUAUUCCUGUCCUGAGUAGACAUUAGACUGCCUGACUGCCAAGAUACCUUCCAAUUCAAGGAUCACUGGAUUCUAAUCUCAUCUCUUAACAAUUACAGGAAGAAAAAUCUUUCUCUUUCUCUUUCUCUUUUUGAUUUAGGUAUGGAGAGUUGAGUUAAUCACUUUCCUUAGUUCUUAACUCACUAUCACCAUAAAUCCACACAAGAUCCUUCUUUUUGUUUUAUUUCCUUUUUCUUCCCUUCAUCCCUAAUUCUCACUCCAAUGGAACCAGCUCUAUACUAUUUGAUAUAUGCACUCGGUAUACACGCACCCUUGUAGAAUAUACAGUAUUGCUUGUGAAUAUAUACCUUUUAUAUUUACAUACAUGAUAUGGUGCUACUGCUCCAGUUCUGUUAUUACUAUUUUCACUCAGUGUUAUGUUUGGUUCUAUUUCAUAUUGUUGAGUGUACAUCUAAUUCAGUGCUGCUGUCUGAUGCAUGGUAUUCCAUAGUACUCAUCCACCACAUUUUGCUUAUCCAUUCCUCUAGAGAUAGACAGCCAAGUUCGUUCCAAUUCUCUGCUACCAGAAACAACACUGUGACAAGCAACCUCGUGCAAGUCUCUUUAUGGAAGUGUAAGAAAGUUCCUCUGGACUAUAUGGGUGGGUCAUAAAGUGCACUCGUAUUUAAUUAUGAUGUAAUCAAAUCCAUCAAGUGCUUUUUUUGAUUCUUGUUUUUUAAGACCUUCCCCACUCCAAGAUCAUGAAAAAAAUUAUCUUACAUUUUCUUCUACUAGCUUUAUACUUUUACCCUCUACAGAGUUUUAAUGAUGACAAGGACUUUUGCCUUUUUAACUGACAUAUCCCCAGUGUCUAGAAAAGUCCUUCAUGUAUAGCAGAUGCUCAAUAAGUAUUUGUUAAAUAAAUGAUGAAUCUGGGUUUAACCUUUGCAUAUGGUAAGAAUCCAACUUAGUAUUUCUCCACACAUAUUGAGGUAAUUUUCCCAUUUCAACCUGCUUAAUAAUUCAUUUUCCUCCCUCUGAUUUAUGGUUCCUCCUUUAUAAUACAUCACAAUGGUUCCAAUGCCCUGAUUUUGUAGUGUCUUAUUAUCUGGUAGGGUAUUCCUGGACCUUGAUUCCUCCAUAUACAUUUCAGGAUAAAUAUGUUAAGUUGCUCAAAACAUCUUGCUGGAAUUUUGAAUGAACUUGCGAUGAAUUUGUAGAGUAAUUAGGGGACAAGUGACAUUCUUGUGAUGUUUUCUCAUGCAUACACACGUUACAUCUAUUUACUCAGGUCAUCCUUUUUGUUCUUUAAUGGAAUCAUAAAUUUUCACCAUAGAAGUCUUGUAUAUUCUGUUGAAUUCAUUCUUUAUUUUUAGUUGUUAUAAAUUAUGUCUUAUGUUUUAUUACAUUUCUAGCAGGCUAUGGCAGUAGAAAAAUGUUUACACUUUCAUUAGACUUACUGGUUUACCUGUUGAUUCUAUUGUAAAUUGAAUUGUAAAUUCUAUGUAAAUGAUUUUGUCGCUGUAAAUAGUAACAUUUUGUUCUCUUUCCUAUCAAUACUUACGUGUCUUAUUUACUCUCUGUGUUUACUUGAUUAGCCAGGACCUCCAGUAUACAUUAAACAGUAGUCACUAGGAUGAUGCGCGUUCUUGUGUUGUCCCCAGUAUUAUGGAAUGCUUAGAACAUUUCUCCAUUUAAGCAUAAUGUUUGCUGUAGCCUUUGAGAAGGCUAUUGAGUUUUUAUCAGAAAAGUUUAGAAAUGUAUUAAGUGAUUUGUUUCUGCAUCUAUUGAGAUAGUCACAUUCCUUCUAUCUUCCCUCCAUUAUAGGAGUAAAUUACAUUGAUAAAAUUGCUGAUACUGUACCAUCCUUGCAUUACUUAACUUGAUCAUGUUGUAUCAUAUUUAAUAAAUUGUUGGAUUCAGUAAGUUAA